AUGAGUGAUCCUACCUCAUCAUCAAAUAACAAUGGAAAUUCUGUAUAUAGUAAUGGAGAUCAAUCAAUAGAUAGCAAUAACAAUAAUAGUAGUAGUAUAGAUACAAGGAUCAAUGACAAUUCACCAUUUCAAGCACUUAAAAAGCAACAACAAAAAGCAUUGAGCAAUAACAUUAACAAUAGUAAUAAUAAUCUUACACCACUAUCAACGUUGUUAUCAUCAACAAAUAUAAAUUCACCAUCACCUACGACACCUUUAUCAAAAUCAACAAAUAGUAAUAAUAAUAAUAAUGUAAACAACACUAAAACUACUGAUACUGUCAAACUAGUAGCAUCUAAUCCAAAUGUUACAUUGACAUCAACAACAACAACAACAUCAUCGACACUAGGUUCAACUACAACUAUCGUAGCACCAACAACAACAUCAUCAAAAUCAACAACACCGACUACAUUGGCAUCUGCAAUUCAUUCAUCGAGUAAAUUGUCUCUUCUCCAACAGGGACCACCUCAAUUAUCACCAUCUGCAUUGUUUGGUAUCAUAGAACCACAAUUAUAUCGGUCCAAUUCCUUUAUACCCGUUAAUUUUCCCUUUAUUAAAUUAUUAUCACUUAAAACCGUUGUACAAUUAUCACCCGAAGUCCCUAUCAAGGCUGUUACUAGCUUCUUGGAAGAAAAUAAUAUUAACCUUAUACAUCUUGGAUUAAAAGCAUGGAAAGCAGAUGCAUCAUGGAAACCAGUUACAGAAGAAUUAAUUAAAGAAACAUUAGAGAUUGUAUUGAAUUAUGAUAAUUAUCCAUUGAUGAUCACUUGUACAAGUGGUAUUCAUCAGACUGGUGUAUUGGUUGGAUGUCUACGAAGACUACAAAAUUGGAAUCUAACAUCGAUCUUGGUGGAAUACGGUAGUUUUACCGGUCAGAGCAACACUAGAUAUGUAAACGAACAAUUUAUUGAACUUUUCGACGUUGAUUUGGUUACUCUUCCAACAAGUAAUCUCCUUCCCAAUUGGUUUAAAGAACAACAAAAAAUGCUUGAAGAAGAAGAAGAGGAAGAAGAAGAAAAGAAAAGAAAAUUGGAUACAAUAUAA